CGAACAUCUCCAUUCUAACUAAUGGACUGCAGUUGAGCCUCAUAGAUGUAGCUGGUGGUCAUCACUCUCUCCUCAGCGUCUCACUCAAACAGGGUUAUAUCACUGCCAUAAACAUCAAACAAAGUAUUUAUUUCGGAAACAUAUUAUACCCUUAAAUUAAACUAACUAUGGCUGAUACCGCAGUUGAGACGACCACAACCACCGAGAUUUCAGCAAAGGUGAGUUUGAUUCAUUUGACUAGCUAACUAAACUACUCUUCUGCUGAGCCUGCGUGAACACCAGCUAGCUAACUUUAGCUGUAAUAGCUAGCUACAGUAGCUAACAUUAAUGUUAGUCACUGUCAAUGGCUGAAAAAUGUUAUGUAUUUCUCAAACAUUUAGUUAGCUAUUUAACUAGUUCAAUAACUUCGCUAGCCCCAUUACUAGUGCUACAUUGAUUACUGCAUUGUUGGGUUUUGAGCUUGCAAGAAAGGAAUUUCACUGUACUUAUGCACGUGACAUUAACUUCAACUAUUGGCGACUUGGCGUGUGACUAACUUUGCUAGCUAGCUAGUUUGACGUUAAAUUUGGUAGCUACAUUGCAAAUGUAAGUUAUUACUAGUUAGUAAACGUUCGCUAAAAAGCCCCUCAAAUCGAAUGCGCUCUAGCUACACGGUUGCGCGAUGGCGGGAAGUGAUCAGGCCUUAUACAGCGCGAGAGGAGUGUGCGCGCUUAUCUGAACGGAGAUGCAAGUUCCCGAUGCCUUCCAUUGUGUGCACUUUAGCAGUGGUCGGGCACGCGCCGCCGGUAAACACGGGGGAUAUGUAGAAAGGUUACUAGAAUUUUAACAAUAUGAAUUAAAGAUGGCGACGAAUAUAUGGCCACAUCGUGGUGGACAUGCUUCAAUUGUGUCAGUGAGCUAAUCAAGGAUAACAUAUAUUUUCAGGAGCUCAAAGAGAAGAAAGAGGUUGUCGAGGAGGUGGUAGAGAAGAAGGAGAACGGCAGUGGGGAAGCACCUGGCAAUGAAACAGUGAGUUGAAGCUGAAGCUUACGUCCUCUGGAGCCUCAUGGCCUUUUGUCUUGGCGCCAUCAACAUGCAGGUGUCUUCAGACUCCGCCCCCACUACCCCACCCCCACACACUACUCUUUGUUUAGUUUGUGAAAUGGCACAAAUCUUCCUUAAGACAUCUGUUAGCCCUCAUUGCAUUCCCUUUCCUAACUCUAAGGGGAAUUAAGUAUAAACUGCAACAUGUGCCCUGUUUUAACUCUGAAGCUUGUUGGCUGUAACUCUUGGGUUAACUUUUUCAGAAUACUUUUCUGAAAUAAAUUCCUUAUCACUCAUGCUUACCAUUUACACAUUUAUGUGAAAUAUUAAAGUUCCUCAAAUUCUUUGGUUUCUUCCCUCCAGCACACAAAUGGUGCAGAGAAGACUAAUGGUGCAGAUGAGAAGACAAAUGGUGCAAUUAAUUCUGAAGUAACGGCAGAGGUUGAAGAGGAUGGUAAAUUCAUGCCCAUCUUUGGACUAACAGCUGGAUAAAAAAAUUACAUGUUUCACGGUUAUUUGAAACGUGAGGUGCUUGAAGCCCACGUUUUUGCUUCAUGUAUGAAUUUGAUUGCAGGAGAGGGAGAGGAUGCAGCUGAGGAUGCAGAAGAAGCUGCUGAGGAGGUUGACCACCCUGUGAAGCGCCCAGCUGAGGAGGAGGUACAGUUUUGUCCGAUUUUAAAACGGUCUCAUAGUAAAAGUUGAGCCAUCUUUAUUACUGUUUUAUAUCUGUCCACCAAGUUCUCUCCUCACUUAAAAACUUGUAUUUUUGCCCUCAGGAACAAGUGGAAACAAAAAAGCAGAAAACAGAAAACGAUGACACAAAGGAAGCUGAAGUGGAGGCCUAGAACGCUCAGUCUGUACUCCUCCGCAGCUCUGUCUACAUGCCGUGGUCAACUUCACCUUGUAGAGCUUGUGCUUUAUGUAUUUUUUACAGAUUUUGUUUUCCCCCAAGAUAUUACAUUGCACUGGAGUCCUUAAACAUAGUGGCCUCCUCCCUUUUUAUAAGAUGUUAUUUAUUGGUUUCUUACAACAACAACAAAAAAGAACUCAUGCAAAUAGGAUCCAUGCUGUUUUAACAGUAUGUUAGUUUGUAUCCUUAUGAGUUAAGCACAUUCUCUACUUUGUUACUGCUGACCAGUUGAUUCAGAGGCAGGCAGCUGCACCCUUCUCCACAUUUUCAACGGUGACCUCACUCACUAAAGACCAAAGAUAAGUUUUAAGCAGGGGCUAAUGGACUAUUGUUAGCAUUAUUAGUUCAGGCUUUUUUAAUACCUUUUGUUAAGUG